GCGCCUCGAGGGCCGCAGGAGGAGUCGCGGGCGCGCCGGGAGGGACGCGGGGCGGCAUGGGCCCGGGGCCCUGGGGCGCUGGCCGCCCCCCUGGCCGCCUGCUGCCGCUCCUGCUGCUGCUCGGCCUGGCCCGGGGCGCGCUCGGAGCGCCGCGCGCCGACGGUUUAGAUGUCUGUGCCACUUGCCAUGAACAUGCUACCUGCCAGCAAAGGGAAGGGAGGAGGAUCUGUAUUUGCAACUAUGGAUUUGUGGGCAACGGGAGGACGCAGUGUGUUGAUAAAAACGAGUGCCAGUUUGGAGCCACUGUGGUCUGUGGGAACCACACAUCUUGCCAUAACACACCCGGGGGCUUCUAUUGCAUUUGCCUAGAAGGAUACCGAGCCACGAACAACAACAAGACGUUCAUUCCCAACGACGGCACCUUUUGUACAGACAUAGAUGAGUGUGCGGUUUCUGACCUGUGCGGGCACGGAGGGCGGUGUGCGAACACGCAUGGGAGCUUUGAAUGUUACUGUCUGGACGGAUACUUGCCACAGAAUGGGCCUGAACCCUUCCACCCAACCAGAGAUGCCACGUCGUGCACAGAAAUAGACUGUGGCAACCCUCCUGAGGUUCCAGAUGGCUACAUUGUGGGAAAUUAUACCUCUAGGCUGGGCAGCCAGGUUCGUUACGCUUGCAAAGAAGGAUUUUUCAGUGUCCCAGAAGAUGCAGUGUCCAGCUGCACGGUCCUGGGCACAUGGGAGUCCCCAAAAUUGUAUUGCCGAGAGAUUGACUGCGGCCGCCCUCCGGAAGUGCCACACGCCACCUUGGUGGGGAAUCACAGCUCCAGGCUGGGCGGUGUGGCUCACUAUGUCUGUCAAGAGGGCUUUGAGAGCCCUGGAGGAAAGAUCACUUCCAUUUGCACAGAGAAAGGCACCUGGAGAGAAAGCACUUUAACAUGCACAGAAAUAAUGACAGAAAUUCACAAUGUCUCGGUGUUUAAUAACACCUGUCUGAGAUGGCAAAUAAACCCGGGAAGAAUGAACUCCAAGAUCCUGUACGUGGUCUCUAUAAAAGGACAACGGUUGGACCCGAUGGGAUCAGUUCAUGAGGAGACAGUCAACCUGACCACGGAGAGCAAGAGCCCAGAAGUGUGCCUAGACCUGUACCAAGGCGCCAACUACACCGUGAGCAUAUCCACCGCCCCUCCCAGGCGCUCCGUGCCAGCCGUCAUUGCUUUCCAGACAGCUGAUGAUCUCUUAGAAGAUGAUGGAAUUUUCAAUAUUUCAAUAUUUAAUGAAACUUGUUUGAAAUUGAACAGGCAUUCUAGGAAAGUUGGAUCAGAACAAAUAUACCAAUUUAAAGUUCUGGGUCGAAGGUGGUAUCUGGAUAACUUUUAUCACGCAACAUCCUUUAACUUCACAACGAGGGGACGAGCUCCAGUGGUGUGUCUGGAUCUGUACCCGACAACUGAUUAUACAGUGACUAUCACCCUGCGGGGAUCUGCUGAGGAACACACAGCGAGAAUGGUGAUAACAACAGCACCAGCUGUAAAACAGAUCAUCAGUAAUAUUUCAGGAUUUAAUGAAACCUGCUUGAAAUGGAGAAGCAUGAAGACAGCUGAUACAGAGGAGAUGUAUUUAUUCCACGUUUGGGGCCGGAGAUGGUAUCAGAAGGAAUUUGCCCAGGAAAUGGUCUUUAAUAUCACUACCAGCAGCCAGAAUCCCGAAGUGUGCUUGGACCUGCGUCCGGGCACCAACUACAGUGUCAGUCUCCAGGCUUUGUCGUCUGCGCUUCCUGUGGCCGUCUCCCUGACAACCCAGAUAGCAGAGCCUCCCCUUCCUGAAGUGGAAUUUUUUGCCGUGCAUGGAGGGCCUCUCCCACGUCUCAGGCUGAGGAAAGCCAAGGAGAAAAAUGGACCGAUCAGUUCCUAUCAGGUGUUAGUGCUUCCCUUGGCCUUUCAAAGCACGUUUGCUUGUGAUUCUGAAAGGGCUGCCUCAUUCUUUAGCAACACCUCUGAUGCUGAUGGAUAUGUGGCCGCAGAAAUCCUGGCCAAAGAUGUUCCAGAUGAUGCCAUGGAGAUAUCUAUUGGAGACAGACUAUACUAUGGGAAAUACUAUAACGCACCCUUGAAAAUAGGGAACGAUUACUGCAUUAUAUUACGAAUCACAAGUGAAUGGAAUAAGGUCAAAAGAUGCUCCUGUGCAGUUUGGGCUCAGGUGAAAGAUUCGUCACUCACGGUGCAGCAGAUGGUGGGUGUCGGACUGGGCUCCAUGGCUGUCGUGAUCGUGCUCACAUUCCUCUCCUUCUCAGCAGUGUGACUGCAGAUGGGCGCUGUGUGGGAAAGCAGCACCGCCACUGGGACAGGUGUUCCAACAGCUUCUCAGGCCCCUGCACAGAGAGACCCUGUGUGACUUCCACCCAAGGGGGUGUGUGGGCCUGCAACUUUCUUCACUCCCAGCUUGGCCCCACUCCUGGAUUCAAGAUGGUGGCUAUCCCUAUGGAUGCCCCCCAAAGGGAUAACACUCAGGAAUUGCUGACAUCUUCCCUGCCACACGGCCAGUUCUGUGUCUGUGAACUUGAGCCCCUUGAUGUACAAUGUGACAUGGACCACAGCCUACAGAUCUCAUGGGUCUGGGCUGGGACUUGCUCUGAGUGAUGUCUGAGAAUCAGCUCUUCUGGACACGGAAUGCAGGAGUCUCUGCAUUCUCCUUUAUACCGCACCUCUGUUCAUUAAUUCAGAAUCCAUUCUUUCACGGUACGCAAUGAGAUGGGCUUAAGUUUGGGCUAGAGUUUGACUUCAUGAAGGAGGCCAUUGAAAAGGUUAGAGAACAGUGACAUGGGCAAACAUUCCAAGGUCUUUAGUAGCAGCCCUUUCCCUACAAUUAGCUGGUACUCUAAUUAGAAAAUAUACUAGCCCGGCCACGCCUAUAAGCUCCCUGUCCUGUCUGUUAGGCAGCAUUGCUUUGAUACAAUUCCCAUUGUCCUAUAUAUUCAAAAGUAAAAAUAUCCUAUAAUUAAGAUUGUUCUUCCCUUGGUUAAUUUAUUAUUAUUAUUAUUAUUGAGCAUCUCCUAAACAUGCUCUGUCCUUCCUUUACAAAUUGGGAUUCAGUGGUAGUAUAGUAUUAAAUAACAAUGGGUUAAAACAGCACUGAGCCCAUGGCCAGCCCAGGGUCCACGUGUAUUGCAAGGGAGGGGCCGCGAUGGGGGUGACAUCCCUUUUAUCUACAACUGCAGUAACCCUGACUGUUACUAUGUCACGAAUCAUGAACCAUCGGAGGUGAGCAGUGCCGGGCCUGCUGUUCACAUGCUGAGUCUACAGAUGGAGUGUAUUAGAUUUGACUUUUAAGGCCGGAAUCAAUAUUCUUUAACUUUCCUCUCUGACAGUUUAACUCCAAGGCUCAGUAAGAGACUAAUGGAGAAGAAAGAGGCUUGCGGCAUCUCGCCACCUUCCUCGCUUGCCAGACCUAGAGAAGAAAAGCCACGUGAGAGGGGACAGGGGGACAGUUAGUGUUGCACAACCUCAGGGUACAGCACAUACGAAUGCAGUCCUGAGAAAAAGAGACACUCUUUGCAAUGUGCUGGGUGGGUGUGUUCUGUGCCCGCCUGCUGGGCGUGGGUGGGGGAUGAGUCUGAGUAGCCUGGGCUUGUGGGCAGCUGAGGAGACAAUAGAAAUCAGUGGAAAUUGCCCAGGAAGCUGCUCUACCCUGGGCAGGGGCAGCCCAAAGAGUAUCCACUUAAUUGGGAAGAGUUGGAGGGAGGGAGGAAAUAUCCUGACCCCUGAGUGUCCAAUGCCAGCUGUCAGCCCCUGGCCCCUCCCUGUACUAGGCAGUACCAGGAAUGACUGACCUCUGACCUCUCAGGUACUACCCCCCAGACUACAACUUAGGAUCAACCUUUGAAACCCUUCCGGCUCUCAUCUUAGGAGAGUUAAUAGAGCAGAGAUCUCAAUAGACUAAUACAAACCGCUCUCAAUUUUUAAUUUUGGCGUACAACGAUUCACACUCAUACUGUUUUCACAGCUCCAGAACUAGAUUUGGAAUCAUUACAAAUUAUUGUGGUUAGUUUAGGGCAGGGCCUCGGACAAGUAAGGAUUUUCCCUCAAAGCCCAUCUCUAUCAGAAGAGAAUCUGAGCCUCCCCCUCUUAUUUUAUUUUAUUUUUACCAGUUCUGUAAAUGGCAUAUGUUUCUAUAGCCCCUUAAUGUCCAGCUCUAGAAUCAACUGCUAAAGAUGCAGUUGUCCAUGCACAAUGAAGCAUAAUUGUCAUAGAAAGGAAGAAAUCCCAUUUGCUUAGUAUCCAAAAAUUUCUGGCUAAAAUAACUGACUAAAUAUUGAGUAAAAUAUCAACUUCUGGGUACAGUGCAGAAAAGUAAAAGCAGUUCAUGUAAAAUUACUAAAAUAGCAAAAGUGUCAAGUUUUUUAUUUCUUCUAACUAUUUGAAAUGGCUCAGUGUUAAUACUUGAAUUGUGGGGCCGUCUUCUGACUGUAAGUCUGGUUCUCUUUCCUGGCAUUUCAUAGCCCUCGAGCUAGCCACUGAGCUGAUCUGUGAAUAGCCUUUUUGGUUCCUGGGAAAGUCUGACCUUUAAAUUUUACGUAUGUACAUAUAUAAACUGUUGCUUUUAUUAUAGCACAUGUGUCUUCUUAUGUGUAUCUUUUCACUGUAAUGUACCUCCACCCAUCCUUUCUAGAAGGAGCCACAAAUAAUCAAGCCAAUAGAUGAGGUUAAUUAGGGGGAAUAGGUGAUAGUCUAUUCUCUGACUCAAGACAUGAAAUUGCAGCUGGGCACUUAAUGUGAGACCAGAGCAGAAGUGAUGAUCUUGAAAUUCCACAUUAGCUUGGAAUAAAGUUAAUAUUUAAAUUGAUUUUGAAGGAAGUAAGAAUUCUCAGUGUUCCCUAUUUAUUGCUAACCUCACAUUCUGAAUUUGUAAACCUUCUGGUUUUCCAUUCUAUUUUUCUAAGAGAAAACCAGUGAUCAGCAGUCAAUCAAAUAGCGUUGUAAGGACCUAUCACAUCCACUGUUGGCUAAACUGAAGUGCCUGCUUUUGGAGGGGAAGGAGGGUGUGCCCCAGUUUGUGGGCAAGUGAUACAGUGAAGCAAGUCACUUAAAACAGCAGUGUGUGCUCUUGUUUCAGAGAGAGCGAAUCAUUUUGGUGUGGUAUGUGUAUGUGUGUAUGUCCAUAUCUGUACAUUUGGGGCAUAACUCAGGGCUACCAAAGAGGAGUAAAACGACACGUGGUUUUGUAACAUGAUUCUUUUACUCGUCAACAUUUCCUCGAUGCAUAUUUUUCAUGUCAAUAUUGACUGCCUUAUAAAUUUGCACCAUAAUUUAUUGAAUACUCUGUCAUGCAUUGUGCAUUUUCAGUGUUUCUAGAUGUUUAUUAGUCUUAUACAAGUCUGUAUAAAUGUAUGCAAUUAUCACUUAGGCUAAAUUCCUAGAAGUGAAAUUGCUGGAAUGGAAACUAUACACAUUUGACAUUGUACUACAUAUUGUUGGAGGAUUUUCACAGAAAAGUUUAUGCCAGUUUACGCUCUCACCAGCAGGAAGCCUCACCACCAUUGAGCAUUGUUGAUGUUAUUAAUCUUGAUUAAUGUAGUAGGUGAAGAAUUAUGUUUCAAUGUUUUGUUUGCAUCUCUCUAUGUUGAUUGGCUGUUUGUAAUUCUGUCUUUGUGAACUGCCUUUUUUCUCAGUACUUGGCCAUUCGUCUUUUGUUGAUUUAUAUCAUUAUAUCAUAGCAAUUUCAGCGCUUAGCUGUCAUAUUUUGUAAACAAUUUUUCUAGUUUAUCAUUUCUAGAGACAAUAACCUUGUUUUUUUAACCUUGUUUUAACCUUGUUUGUGUUAUAUUUUGCUAUACCGAAAUUUUAAAUGUAUAUAGUCCAAUUUAUCAGUCUUUUUCCUUAUGUGGGACCUUCCAAUGUCAAGGUACUAAAUAUAAUCUAGCAUUUUAAAAAAACACUUAAAUCUUUAGUUGAUCUGAAAUUUAUUUUAGUAUAGAGAGUGAGAUUGCAGGGUGGGUGGGGGAAGAGGGUGUGUCUUUUUAAAAUUCUUGCUAAAUGGUUAGCUAGUUGUCUUAUUCAUUGACAUUUUCCCCCUGGUGAUUUGAAAUCAUAUAAUGAAUCAUAUACUAAAGUCUAUUUCUGAACUUUCUCUUUUCUACUGAUUUAUUUUUAUGUCAAUACCACCUACCUACUAUAACUUAAAAAUAGGUUUUUAAAAAUACCAAGCGAGAGUAAGUUCUAUUUUUCUGUUAAUUCUCAGAGUGUUCUCAGGUUUUAUUACAUAUUUAUUCAUGUGUACAUAUUUAUUAUACAUAAACUAAAGAAAUAUUUGGCCAAAGUUUCCCUCUCAACACUCCCCCCCCAACACCAAAUCUUAGUAUUUUGGGGAGGGAUGUGUUAAAUAAAGAGUGCUCCUGUCACAGAACAUGGUAUGUGUCUCUUGCCUAGAAUAUUCUGGUUUCCAACUUACAACGUAAUUCAUACGAAUCUUUUGUAUGUCUAGCUAUUUUAUGUCUGGUUAUCCUGACCUCUUGGGUUGCUUCCUCAGCUCCUGCCCCUGAAAGUGCAGGCCAUAGCCUCUUACUGCUGCAUCAUUGCAGUUCUUUUGCUCUGGCAGUCUGCCUUCUUGGGGAAAAGUCACAUCAAAAUGGCUCCUCAAGCAUAAUUACUUUCCAGGGUAUGUACUUGACCCACAAAAACUCACGGAUCCUUGGCAUACCAGUGGAGGACUGCCCUGCCAUCAUGGGUAGCUCCAGCCACAGACUUUAAUUUUCUUACCUGUUAGAUCCUUUGUCCUCCGGCUAGUGGAAAUGUAGGUUGCUUCUAUUUGUUUUGGCCUGCCACUAGGCCUAUAGCCUCAGUCUCUUGACCUUUGGGUUUCUUGUCCUUGGAAUCAGAUGCUAGGCCACUGUGCCCUCUGAUGCUUUAGGGGACACAAGCCAAAGUCUGAGUGGAGGGCUCCUGGAAGCUCCUCUGUCCAGGCUGUGCUGAGGGACUCCCUGCCCUCCACCAUUGUGGUGUGGAGAGCAAGUGCACACACCCCAGCAGCUCACUGCGAAGAACUUCUUUCUUUGUACCUUUUAAAAUUUGAACCACUUUGUAUUCUUGAAUAGGUAUUGGGCUAAGGGUCACAAGAUAAUUUGGAAAUCCUCAUUUUACAAUAUGGGAGUACUCGGGAACCAAGUACCUCUCUGUUUUUUGGGACUCUGUUUAAAACAAAACAAAAAGAGCCCAAUGUGGAGGUCAAAGGAUAUGAAAAUAUGCUUCAAAGAAUAAGAAACACACCUUCACCUUUGCCGUAUUCUAUUGGUUAGAAGCAAAUCCGACUCAAGAGGAAGCGAUUAUAUACAGGCUCUGAACACCAGGGGGCAUUGAUUGUGAGGGUCAUUUUAGAACUCUGCUUGUAUGUUACUAAAGAAAAAAAAAUCAACUGUAAACUUUAAAUUCAACCACAGUAUUUCCUGGGUCCUACUGGCAGAGCUAAUUGACUUCAUAGCAAAAGCCUGGGGCAUAAUUCUCUUCUUUCUAGGGAGAGGUGCAAAAGCUGCCUGGGAUAGAGGUGACCAAUAGCCAUUGCACAUUGGGUCUGCCAGUUUUUUCUCAUCUUUGACCACAUGCAUUCACUUAGAUGGCACAGAGAUUUGGGAGAGAGAAAGGCACAAUUUUGGGGGGUCCAUAGGCAUGUGUCCCAUCCCCUAGACUUUGGCUUAGCAGGAUUCAGGGUUUGUGAGCUUGGCCUGCAAAAGCCCAGCUUUAACAAAUGGGGAGAGCCUAGCAUGUGGAUAAGAAGGGUUAGCUCCAUGCUGUAGUCUCUGGGAGUGGCCAUCUUGAGUCUUGAUGGGCUUGGCAGGUAAGGCAACGUUGAGCAGAUGCAGAGCUUCCAGAGGGUGGUGAGAACUCUGGGGACUGGUGCUAGAGAGCACAAACAUCCUCCUCAGUCCUCAGACCCUGGGACCCUCCCUAGCCAAGGCCUUGGCAGCAGCCAUGUGCAGCAGAGAUGAGCUGUGGCUGGGGGUGUUGUGACUCCCUCUGUCCAAGGACACUGUGCCUUUCAGUGAGUCUGACUUGGUUUCCUGUGAUCUGCAUUCAUGGGCAUUCUUAACAGAUUUUUUGUGGACAAUGAAUGCCUAGUCAUCUGGCCUGAAUGUCAGUCUGAGUUUGGUGCCUCUGAAACAGUUCCCUGGAUUAGACGGAGACUGAAGGAAAACCACCAAGGCAAAAGGAGCGGUCUCCAUCCUGACCUCUAGAGACCAUAGCUUGUGGCCUCCACCUGUAACACACGCUGCUGGCAGCCACUUCCCUCCACUUCCCCUCGUGUCUGCAGACACUGCCCUCCUUCCUCUCCUUGAGCCUGCAGGCUGCUGCUGCCCUGCCCCGGCCCCUCACAGUCUUCUGCAGAGACGCCACUCAGACAGGGGUGGAGCUAGAUGCACAGCUGGAAUCCAUCCAGGAGAUCUGGCUCCGAGGGCAUGUGAAUCUUAGCAAGAGCCGGGCAUAGGAAGACCAAGGCUUGUCACUGGAUGACAUAAAAAAACGAAGAGCCACUUCUGGAGGGAAUGAGGCAGUGCACCUAUGUUGGAGAGAUACAUGUUGCUGAACAGCCUUGGGCAGUUGACCGUGUGCCUUGGGGGUCUGACCAUGGUUACUCCACCCUUGGCCCAGGACUAUGGUCUGUAUUGAUUGUACUGCACACUUAGCUUUCUAAGGCUGACCAGGUCAUUGUCCUCAGCUCCUGCUUGCAACUGGGUUGCCCAUUGGCCCUUUAUUGACCACCCAGCUUGGUCAGCUUGUCCUCAAUCACUGAGGCAUAACCAGUUUCCCAAAAAGAUAUGGUUGAUACUAUUAAUACCCCUGGUUUGCUGCUGUGCAUUACACUGACUUAGGGAGACUCUAAUAAAAAUGCUUCAAACCGAUUUACCAUUUUUACUAUUAAUAUAUGACUUCUGCUUUGCAUAAUUGCUUGCUUGGUCAACCACCAUGCUAUUAAUACUUUCUGGUAAACUGGUAGAGGAAAAGAAAUUGUCUAAACCAAGCAACAGGAAGGAACAACUUUCAAGCAGGUACUUUCCAAGUGAAAUUAGAGCCUGAGACUGAGUCAAAAGGAGAAGGUGCCUGGCUAUACUGAACUUUCAAGUGUUUUCCAGCUCAGAAGCUCCCAAAUUCUCUGAUCUUAGUGAAUUUCCAAUUUAAUUCUGAUGCGAUUCCUCGGGAACACCAAUGCAAGGGUAGUGAUAGAGCCAUUUAUUUCUGUUUAUAAAGAUGUAUAAGGAGUGUGUAUAAUGAAAGGACACUUGGUUUUUAAUCAUCUGUAACACAAAGACAUGGAAUCUGAUGCACAGUGACAGAAAUCAUAGCUGAAGUUAGUCUGAGUUAUACUGUAUUUUGGAAAUGUUCCAAACUCAACGUUUUUGCCAUGUACUCUGAGACCAAAAUAUGGAGAUUAUUUUUCCAUUAUUCCUAGAAAUAAGGUUGCUAAAUCACUACAGUUUUCAUUUUUUUAAAAAACUACUAGGUUCCUGAAUGUUGUUGUCUUACCGACGUGCAGUUAUUCUGGGUCUACCCUUGAGCCCACUUUUAGCGCCUGUCACUUAGAGAAGUCCUCCCUGCUAAGAAUAAAGCCUUGGUGGCAAUUUCAAAUGAACGGGGAAUGAUGGAUUAUUAGGGAAGCAUGGGAAUCAAUGUCUAGCCAUUUGGGGAAAACUGUUUGCAAUACAUAUGCUUAACAAAGAGUUAAUAGGCUUACUACGUAAUAGCACACAUCAAUCAGAAAAAUUGUAAGAUCCUCUUGUAGGGGGAAAAAUGAUUAGAUACUUCAUAGCAAAUCUGCUGAUAUUUUUAUCUGGAAGUCACUCUUGUAUUUUUUUUUAAUUUCCAUUCAAAUGGUUUUAUAUUUUUUGU